GCGACAUCAGCCUCUGUGUAUGGCGCCAUCCACACAACGCGCAUGCUGUGUUUAGAGAGACUGCACGAGUGUUUUCAUCUCAACCGGCAUUGACAUAAUAAGCUGAAGCCUUAUCUAAUGGAUAUCCAGAGCGCAAGCUCGGUGGUGCUGCAGGCUUUGACCCAGGCCACUAGUCAGGACACAGCUGAGCUGAAGCCUGCAGAGGAGCAGCUUCGCCAAUGGGAGACCCAGCCUGGUUUUUAUUCAGUGCUUCUGAGCAUCUUCAAUAAUCACUUGCUGGAUGUCAACGUGAGAUGGCUAGCUGUCCUUUAUUUCAAGAACGGUAUCGAUCGCUACUGGCGACGAGUCGCACCUCACGCUCUCUCAGAGGAAGAGAAGUCAUCUCUCCGUGCUGGUCUCAUCACCAAUUUUAAUGAACCAAUUAACCAGAUUGCAACACAGAUCGCGGUGCUGAUCGCUAAAGUGGCACGUCUGGACUGUCCCCGACAGUGGCCUGAGCUGAUUCCUAUUUUGCUGGAGUCUGUGAAGGUUCAGGAUAGCCUGCAGCAACACAGAGCCCUCCUCACCUUUUACCACGUUACCAAAACCCUGGCGUCCAAACGGCUCGCUACUGACAGGAGACUCUUUCAGGAUUUGGCAUCAAGCAUCUAUAGCUUUGCCUGCUCUCUAUGGAACCAUCAUACAGACACAUUCCUUCAGCAGAUCUAUGCUGGAGACCAACAGACUGCUCUCAGCUCCCUGGAGCGUACUCUUCUCUCUCUGAAAGUUCUUCGGAAGUUGACUGUGCAUGGGUUUAUUGAACCAAAUAACAACAUGGAAGUCAUGGGCUUCCUCAAUGCCGUGUUCGAGAGACUAAAGCAGUUUUUAGAAUGCUGUCGGCAAGUUGGACCAGGCAGCCUUUGCAGGGAGAAGCUUGAGAAGACCAUCAUUUUGUACACCAAAGUUCUGCUGGACUUUCUGGAAAAUCACCCAUGGCCUUUCAUACCUCUUAUUCAGCGCUCGCUGGAGUUCGCCGUCAGCUACGUGUUCACCGAGGCCGGGGAGGGCAUUGUGUUCGAGCGCUUUAUUGUGCAGUGCAUGAACCUCAUCAAGAUGAUCGUUAAAAAUGAUGCCUACAAACCUGCCAAGAACAUUGAAGACAGUAAGCCGGAGAGCCUGGAGGCACAUAAAAUUAAGACUGCUUUCUUCACACACCAAACGUUGACAGAGAUUGGCAGGAGACUGGUUUCCAAAUACUUUUUACUGACAGAAGAAGAGCUAACAAUGUGGGAAGAAGAUCCUGAGAGUUUUGCUGUUGAAGAGACAGGAGGUGACUCAUGGAAGUAUAGUUUGCGACCAUGCACAGAAGUGUUGUUCCUGGAUAUUUUCCACAACUACAGUCAAACUUUGACUCCUGUGCUUCUGGAAAUGGUGCAGAAUCUUCAAGGUCCAAGUAAUGUGGAGGACCCAGUGCAGAUGCUCAUGAAAGAUGCAGUGUACAACGCUGUGGGAUUAGCAGCAUAUGAAUUGUUUGACAACGUGGACUUCGAUCAGUGGUUUAAGAAUCAACUCCUAGGAGAGCUACAAGUCAGCCACAACAGAUACAAGUUGAUCAGACGGCGGGUCAUCUGGCUCAUUGGACAGUGGAUCUCAGUGAAGUUUAAGCCAGAACUGCGGCCUCUUCUUUACGAGGUCAUUCUCAGUCUCAUGCAGGACCCUGAUCUUGUGGUUCGCAUCGAAACAGCCACAACACUAAAGCUGACCGUCGAUGACUUCGAGUUCAGAACCGAGCAGUUCUUACCGUACCUGGAAUCUAUAUUCAGUCUGUUGUUCCAGCUGUUGCAGCAGGUCAACGAAUGCGACACUAAAAUGCAAGUGCUUCACGUUAUCUCCUGCGUCAUUGAGAGAGUCAGCAACCAGAUCCGGCCGUAUGUGGGCUGCCUGGUUCAGUACCUUCCUUUUCUUUGGAAGCAGUCGGAGGAACACAACAUGCUCCGCUGUGCCAUCCUCACCACCCUCAUCCACCUUGUGCAGGGCCUGGGAGCAGAAAGCAAGAAUUUGUAUCCCUUCCUCUUACCUGUAAUCCAGCUGAGCACAGAUGUUUCACAGCCCCCUCAUGUUUACCUGCUGGAAGAUGGGCUAGAACUCUGGUUGGUGACACUGGAGAACAGCUCUGCCAUCACCCCUGAGCUUCUUCGAGUCUUCCAGAAUAUGUCCGCCCUAAUUGAACUGAGCUCGGAGAAUGUGAGAACCUGCUUUCAGAUCAUCAAUGCCUACAUUUAUCUCUCACCUACAGAUUUUCUACAGAAUUAUGCCGAAGGCCUCUGCAGAUCUUUCUGUGAUCUGCUAAAAGACAUCACCAACGAAGGACAAGUCCAGGUUCUGAAGGUCAUUGAAAUUGCCAUAAAAGUAAGUCCUGUACUGGGCUCCCAUAUGUUUCAACCUCUUCUGCCGGCUGUGAUACGGGGAAUUGUUGAAGGAGAAAGGUACCCGGUGGUCAUGUCUACAUACCUUGGGGUGACGGGUCGCAUUCUCCUGCAGAAUUCAGGCUUUUUCACUUCUCUUCUCACACAGAUGGCCUCAGAGUUCAACCAGGAGGCGGACCAGCUCUUGGGAAACAUGAUUGAAAUGUGGGUAGACCGCAUGGACAACAUCACCCAACCAGAGAGGAGAAAGCUUUCUGCUCUGGCUCUCCUGUCACUUUUACCAUCUGAAAACAACGUGAUCCAGGACAAGUUCUGCGGGAUUGUUAACAUCAGCGUGGAGGCUCUGCACGAUGUAAUGACAGAAGACCCUGAGACCGGUACCUUUAAAGAUUGCAUGCUAAUGAGUCACUUUGAAGAGCCGAAGCUGUCAGACGAUGAGGAGCCUCCAACAGAACAGGACAAGAGGAAAAGACUGGUGAGUGUCUAUUGUCUAACCAUAUAG